AUGGACCCUCUGAGCUUGACCGCGUCCAUCGUCGCUGUCCUACAACUGUCAAACAAGGCAACACACGAUUUAUUUAGUGCUAAAGGAGCCACGAAACACCAAAGGAGGCUUCACGAAGAAAUCCGAGGCUGUGAGGGCAUGCUCCUUCGUCUAUUGGACAUCCUGGAGCACGAGCGAUUGGACCCAGCGCGGACAUCAACUAUCUCGCUUCUCGAGGGACCGCAUAGUCCUUUCAAGAGGCUGGAGACGCUAUUUGGAUCAAUCAGGGUAAAGCUGGCCCCGAAACAGGGCCUGGCUAGAGUGACAUCGUCCUUGGCCUGGCCCUUCAACGAGAAGGACAUCAGCGACUUGAUUUCCGCGAUACAACGCGAGGAAUCGCUCUUACAUCUGAUGCUGGAUAAUGAUAGUCGAGAUCUGCUGAAGGGUUUCAUACAAACAGCCCAGGACAACCACAAUCGCUUGACUGAGCUCAUGCAAAGUCUCAAAGAUGAAUCAGAUAAGCAAAAUGAUCAGCUCGAGGAGCUCAGCACGGCACUUGAAUUCUCGAUUGGAUCACACCCAUGCGCUUCAUAUCUGAUCAACAACAUCAUCUUGACCGACUUCAGCCUGGCACAGGCCAGUGGGUCUUGGUCUCCUCCCAGUUCCAAGCUUGGACACGCGGAGACUUUCAGACUCUCUACUGUCCCGUCUGAAGAUGUGGGAGUCUUCUAUGCUUUCUGCAACUUUAGCCGCCGAGAGGAGCAGACACCAAAGAACCUGCUCGCCGCACUGUUGAGACAGACGGUUCACGGUAAAGCUCAGAUCGAUGGACACAUCAAGAGCCUAGUCUUUAUUGUUGUCGAUGCAGUUGAUGAGCUCGACACUUCUCGAGACGGCUUCCUCACAUCACUGACCGCCCUUUCAGCAAAGCUUGCGGGGAAGAUGAGUCUUUUCAUAACCUCUCGAAUAAUUUCGAAGAUUGCUGAAUGCCUCCAAGGCAGUGUCCAGCUGGAGAUACAGGCAUCCGAGGUGGACAUCAGCACCUUCACGCAGGGGCAGAUGUCUCGGCUACCAGCCUUUGUUCGACGGAGACCUGACCUUCAAAGUGAAAUCUCAGAGACUAUUAGAAGAGCUUCACAAGGAAUGUUUCUUCUUGCCGAGUUGCACGUUGCGUCCCUUGUGGGAAGCGUCUCCCCAAAAGCCCUUCGUGCAGCCCUGAAACGACUACCAAACGGCUAUGAUCAGGCAUAUAAAGACGUCAUGUGGCGGAUAGACCACAAAAAAACAGAAUCCCAGCGGGAUUUGGCGUAUCAGGUCCUGGAAUGGCUGACGCGUGCCAAGCGUGCCCUUACAUCUUGGGAGUUGCGGCACGCGCUUGCAGUGGAGCUGGACAGCGAGGAGGGCCAUCUCGACCAAGACAACCUCCCAGAAGAAGAUGAACUUGUCUCUGCUUGCGCAGGGUUGGUCAUCGUGGACAAAGCGAGCGGCAUCAUACGGCUUGUCCACUACACUGCCCAGGAUUUCUUCGAGAAGACUCAAGAGCAAUUUUUCCCAGGGGAUGAAGGGGGAAUCACAAGUAUAUGCCUCAAGUACCUCUCUUUUGAUGGGCUGAGGGGGUCUUGUAUCUCAGAUGAAGAAUACGAGAGCCGCUUGACGGGAAACCCUUUCUACAGCUACGCAGCGCGGCAUUGGGGACAACAUGCUCGCCGUGCUGACAUGUCAAAAGUCCUUGAUAGUAUCACCCAUCUUCUUAGAGAGCCGACCCGAGUCGAUGCCAUGAUCCAGGCGCGAUUCUCUGGAAGUCCAGGACCAGUCUUCGAGACACCUUACCCAGGGUACAGCCAGCUUUUCCCACGACAGGUGUGUGGUCUACACUUGGCUGCCUACUUCGGUCUUGAGGAGGCAGUCAGGCAUUCACUCGUUUCUCAAGAUUCAGAUCUUUGUGAGGGCACUGGUAUGAGAGUCCUAUCGUGGGCGGCCGCGAAUGGCCAUAUAGGCGUUAUCCGAAUUCUGCUGGAACACAACACGGUCGAAGCCGCAAUUGACAAGGCUGACGAAUACGGCUAUACACCUCUUCAUGUAGCCGCACGCAACGGGCAUACGACAACUGUCGAAUUCCUCCUUGAGAAAGGGGCAAACCCCCAGGCAGCGGAUCGCCAUGGUCGAACGCCACUGUCCUGGGCCGCUGGGGAGGGCCAUCCCGGGGUUGUGAGUGCUCUUUUGGCGCAGGAUUUGCACGGGGAUGUCGAUAUGGUUGAUGAGAAGGGCCGAUCACCACUAUUGUUAGGAGCCCAAAGAGGUUACCAUACCGUCGUCUUGCUCCUGCUAGAGGCGGGAGCCGCAACUGACAAGAUGGAUAACUUUGGUCGAACACCGCUAUCAUGGGCAGUAAGAUACCCCCAAGUGGUGGAAAUUUUGCCCCAGGCAAAGGCCGACAUGGAUGCUGUUGAUAUACAUCACCGCUCUCCCCUGUCGUACGCAGCCGCUAGGGCAUAUGAGAUGACGGUCAGCUUGCUCCUCGAACGUGGAGCCAAUGCCAACACGACCGACACCGAGGGUAAGACGCCUCUACUUUGGGCCAGGACAAAGGGGAAUGAGGGGAUUGUCAGCUUGCUCCUUCAACAUGGAUGUCGGACGUACAUGGUCGAGAAUCAGGGACUCGCCACCACUCCAGAACAUAUUGUGGGAACAAAUGGCAAACACGAGAUUUUGGACCCCCGAUAUCGAGUUGUACCCGAGAACUACUUUCAACCCGGCGAAGUAGGUAGUGGACCUGAAAGUGACGACGUCAUUUUCUAA